AUGGCUCAUUCUUCGUUAGGCGACGAGUUAAGCAUUCUCACUGGCGCAUCUGAUAAACGAGUGGCAGAGAAAGUACAGUCAUUGAAGAAAUUGCUCAAGAAUUAUAAAACGUCAGAAAUAAGUAAUAUCAUUUGGGAUAGUAGUGAAGAGAUCGCAAAGUUCCAAGUUCGUCUAAUGCUUAACGAACUAUUAACUAAGAUGAAUAUUAGAACAUCUUUUGUUGCUAAAAUUGGCAGUUUCAAAUGUCUUUCGAAAUCUAUGCAAGACAAUAAUGCAACUGCUUCAGAUAGUAAUAAAAAGAUUAAAACUAUGAAUACAGAUAAAAUUGAAUCAGAUUAUAAUGACCUGGAAAAGAGUGAGAUGCAUAAAGUGCAAAGUGAUGAAUUAGCUUCAGAGAAGCCUAAUGUUACAAGACGGCUAGAUAGUACAAAAGAAGACAAUACAGAAGAAAAUUUUAUAAAUUCAGUGAUCCAUGCCUCUAACACUUUCGAUCAAGUUCAAUUUCUGAUAUAUUAUAGUAAACUUAAAUAUUUAUGGGAUAAUCAAGAUGCUGUAGCUUAUCAUGUUUAUGAACUUUUAGAUGAGAGUGAGUUGAAAUUGUUAUAUAAUAGGUUAGUAUUAGAUGAUGAGAAUAUGUACAUAGACGAAAAGACACAUGAAAAAGUUGCAGACGAGGUAGUAGGCUAUGAGACAAAAAAUAUGAAAGGAGAAAGCGAAAAAUUUAAUGAAUUAAUUGAUGAAAUGGAAGAAAAAGUGUAUCAACUGAAUGGCUUACCUGAAAAAUAUCAUUACCUUUCUAACACCUUUUCUAUACCGGCACAGCAUUACGAUCAAUCCAAAAUGCCAGAUAUGUUUAUCAUUAAGAGUGUAUAUAGUCAUUUAGAUACUAUUAUAAAGAUGAAUGAAGCCAUGAUAAAUACCCCUGAACCCGAUAGUAUGUUGGAACUUUUUGAGCGACUAAUUCAAAUUCCGUUAUUUUUGCUCAAAGUAUCAGAAGGUCUAACUGGAUAA